UUUGUUAGCAGGAAACGUGAACGAAGAAGCAUGCGGUCAUAACCUGGCGACUUUUUGAGACGUGUGUCAAGAAUCAAAUGGUUUUUUUUGUAUAUUUUAAUCAAAAGGAGCCCCGGGAAACCCGCGUAGGUACCGACAUCAAAUUGACUUCCGUUCCGUUGUUUUUCAAGCAAAGUGACUUCUCUUGAGGUUUUGACUUAGUUCAUGUACAAUGUUACGGAUUUUCACGUCCAGAUGCAGUAAUUUACUGCUGAAAAACGCAGUUGUGGCAUCCCAGAAGGAGAUUCGUUCUUUCCAGUUGCCUAACACACUUUGCACGCCGUCCAUCCCGGUUUACCACAUCUGUACAGGAAACCCUGCAAAAAAUGAUGCCAGCGAAGGUGGAGGAAAAAACAAAGAAACGGAAGCAGUAGAUCUGGACAAAUGGAAAUCUGUGAUGACAUCCCAAGCAACAUUCCAGGUACAGAGACUUGGUAAUGAGGUGGAGCAGAGUGAGGAACUUGGCGGCCUGAAACAAACAGGAGCAGAUUCCAACGACAGCUCCUCCAUGGAGGCAACUCGUGAGCUCGUUUCAAUGUGGCGACUAGCUGGGAAGCUCGUACCUCAAGAGCUGACCGAAUUGGAGAUGCAGACUCUGGCAGGUCUCGCCACCAAGACCUCCAGGAAAAAGUACUUGAAGUACCUGUCCCUUCGGGAGAAGUACAAACUGGCUCACAAAGAGAAGCAGAAGCAGAAGAAGAUCGAAAGAGAAGCCUUUUUACAGGAGAAAAGAGAAAUGAGCGGCGAAGAUGAUCAACAAGGGCACAAAUUGAAAAACACAAUGUUUCUCCAAUUCUGGGACAAAUCCAUGGACAAACUUGUGAACUGGAGAGCUGCCAACGCAAUGAUUUUUGGGCAGCCGCUUGUGUUCGAUAUGAGCUACGACUCCAACAUGUCCAAGAGGGAGUUGGAAAACGCCGUGUCCCAGCUGAUGAAGGUGGAAGGGUUUAACCGGCGUGCCACUGACCCCUUUCACCUCCACUUUUGCAACGUGCAGCCAGAUGGUCUCUACGAAAAAGAGCUGGUGAAGCAAUAUGGCGCUAAAAUGUGGGAACACCUGCUCAUCACCAGCACUAAGCAGCAGUACAUUGAUCUCUUCCCCAGAGAACAACUCGUGUACCUGACUGCAGACUCCCCUAAUGUUCUCCGCACAUUUGACAAGUCGAAGGUCUACAUCAUUGGUGGUCUUGUAGACCGGUCACUCAGGCCGGGCACGUCUUUGGCCAACGCCAAGCGUCUGAAACUAGCUACAGCUCGCCUACCGCUGGAUGAGUUUCUGGACUGGGAUCUGGGAAGCAAAAACCUGACUCUGGACCAGAUGUUAAAUAUCAUGCUCACGAUCAAAGACACUGGGAAAUGGCAAGAAGCUUUGGAGUUUGUCCCGAAGAGGAAACACGACGGCUUCUGCCAUCAACAAACAGUGCCUGCAAAGACCAGCAGUUACACAAACCGAGUGUGGUGGGAGGAUGAAGAUGAACUGAUAAAGUCAGAUAAAAGAGACAGGGGAGGGACUUUUCAAAGUCAGAACGCUUUUAAAAAGUUUGGAUUUGUUGGUGGAAAGAAUACACCAGAGACCAAAGUACGGGCAUCAUUCAAAAGCAAAAUGGAAGCAAGAAAAAGUGCAAACAGUUCCAAGACGAGGUGGCAGGACGAGUGACUUGCACAAACUUAAGGACGCAUAUGUUUGAAAAUAGAGACAAGCGAUUAAUAAUCUGUUGUAAACUGACUGCACAGUGAAUAAAUGACAAAAAAAGUUAUAUUAAAAAGGUUUAAAAAAAAA